AUGGACUUGAGUAAUUCGACCUCAGACGGUCUGCCCGAGGUCAAACUCCAAAAGAUAUUCGCCAAUGACCUAUCAGAUGACGAUUUCUGCGAGUCUUUGACCAGCCUUUUGACAAAGGGCGCCAAGACGGCGACAGUCAAUGCAUCAGUUCAAUUGAUAUUUCGCUAUGGUGUGUCCCUCAUCUGUGACCCAGACUUUCCUACUGAAAGCGGCUUCCGGGCUACGGAAAUAGAUUACAGAGGCCUGGUGCCUGAAGAAGAUCUAACGCAACAAAAUGGACACUCCACACAGGCUCCUGUUGACGACGGAGAUGAUAUUACAUCACUUGCAGAAAAAGAAGAUGCCAAAUCACUCAAAAACCGAAACAUUGACUCAAUAUCAGAGGCUAGAAAUUCUCUGGAUAAUUCACCCAUGAUAGCAGACGAAUUGGACAUAACUUCGAGAGUUUCCGAGGAACAUGAGAACUCCAAUGAAGCCAAUGGAGUACAGGCUUCGGUAAAGGAAUCUCUUCCAGAGAAUAAGACUACAGAUUAUGCUUCGAUCGAGAAAGUAGCCCACGUUCUCAAGUUAUGGUUUCGUUGUAUACGCAAAACAUCCAGUGAACUUAAGAUUGACCUUUUGGGGCUGAUCUUUGGCCUUCCGGGGACCAAACAUGCUCUUACUGAAAGAGAUCUUUAUCGACUCUUGGCGACUACUAAGCUUGUGAUGGAAGAGGCAACUGUACAAUCUACAAAUGCCUACCUCACGGCAUUAAAGGAGCUUAUCCUCCUCACUCACGAGACAUUAUUCUCAAUCUUUUAUGCUAUGACCUUAGAGAGCAGCAACCAGAAUUCGAACAAGUUCUUAGUUAUAAAAAGCCUUGUCCAUACUUUCUUCCAGGUUGAUUUAUCGAGGCCAAUUGAUGAACUAUUAAGCAUAACAAAUUCCUCGAAGACACUAGAGGAUCAUGCGGAGGAUAAGAAAGCAGGGUCUCUUCGCCUCUCUUAUGACACGCUUAUGCGCUUGUACACGAUAUAUUACACUUUGACGAAUUGCCCUAUAAAUUUACUUCUUGUGGAUAAAAUGUCCUUAUCACUCGACAUUACUACAUUAAGUAAUGUUUCAGCCAAUGUGUACACAAAUAGGAUCACUAGCAAGGACUUUAGCCUGCGAGAAAUGCAUUUGCAGAUUAAUUCACGCGUGGUCCCAUUAUUAACGGCGAACUUCAACUACUAUUACCAAUUGCAACCAGACUUACUUGAUCAGCAUUUGAGCCGUGUAAGUUUUUUUGGCUGGAUUACAGGUCAUAGACUCAUACCAGGGCUGUACAUGGCGACAGAUACAAUAUCAUCUGUAACCAAAUUUCCUCACUAUGUCAAGGGCACUGACAAGUCUGAUCCAUUUUUGCAUGAAACCGAAGAGUUUGAAUGGCUAAAAAAGAAAGAAAAAGUGGGCGAUGCCAAGAAUAGUGAAUAUGCUGUCAGCUCCCCAACAUAUUUAGUUAUUUCGUUGAUGAUGUAUCAGUUAGUGCAAAAUGCUUCGUUUGUCACUUAUUUGACGCAUCCCAGGAAAACACGCGUCCCAUUGUUGGACAUCUGGCUUUGUGUCUCUUCAUAUGUUCAUCAUUACUUGUACAAGUCUAGGGUAAAUGUAUUUGGAGCACGAAUCUCAAACCUUAUACUUUUGAAGCUCACCUCAACAAAAAGCGAUGCAUUAACAGCUCUUCGUGAUUACAAAAUUGAUGAGAAUGUUUGGAAGUUGUGUCACCACAGAUCCCCACCAAUUUCGCUUUCGAUUGAAAACUCGAAGAAGUCAGCGCUUCUAUACAUUAUUGAUAUUAUCCAAAUAGAUUUGAGAUUUAACCUCAACAAGAGAUUGGAUAUUGACAACUGCAAGAUCACAUUAUGCAUCUUGUAUCAAAUCCUUCUCUUCUGUCAGAAAAAUCCCUUCGACGACUUGAGAUCUUAUUGUUGGAGUGAGCUUUUCAAAGCACUAGUACAAUUUCUAAAAUUUGUGUACAAACAUUUUAACGAAGAAGAUACAAAAUAUGUUGUGGAAGAAGUUUUCGCAAUCUUCGAGAUUAGCUUGGGACCUCCGUUUAGUGAGUUGAUGGCAAAGCCUUCCGAUAACUGGAUUUUUGGAAGCCAUUUUGUCAAGUCUUUGAGUUAUGACUUGCUAUACACGCUUCUUGAAAACUAUCACUCUAUAUUCAACAUCUUCGGAAAGUUCAUCAUUAAACGUGACAACUUCGCCAGAGUGACUCAGUGUUUACAAGAUAUAGGAGAGAAACUCAGCGUGAAUGAAUCCCGAGAACGCGAUAUGAAUGAAGUGACCAAAUUGCUAGAAGAACUAUCCUCUCUCAGUAACGUGGAGUCCACAGUGCGAAUAGAGAAGUAUAACUAUGCAGCAACGUUCAAAUAUUUCGACAAGUACCAAGGCUACAUUGACUUUGAGAAGCAAACAGAGCUUAUUGAAAUUUUCAUACUAGUCUACGGGAACACUUGGACGUCAUAA